AGAGCGCGCGCGAUCUCACUGGGAGCGGCUGCGCAGGCGCGGCCUCCAUUUUGAGGUGAGGCUGCGUUGAGACGGGGGCGAAGAGGCAUCAUCGGCGGAGCAGAGAACAGAACCAGCGAGCGAGCGAGCGAGAUUGUAUUCUAGGUCAGCAAAGAUGAGUGCACGAGUAUUCAUUGGCAGACUGAGCCCUUAUGCCACUGAAAAAAAUGUGGAGAGGUUCUUCAGAGGAUAUGGACGAAUUAAGGAAAUUGAUCUGAAGAAUGGAUUUGGAUUUGUGGAGUUUGAAGAUUACAGAGAUGCAGAGGAUGCAGUUUAUGAACUGGAUGGAAAAGAGUUGUGCAAUGAAAGAGUGACGGUUGAGCAUGCCAGAGCACGCAAUCGGGGAGGACGAGGAGGUGGGGGACGUUAUCAAGGCCGCUUUAGCCAGAGCUAUCAACGCAGUGGAGGAAGAAAUGGGCCUCCGGUUCGUACAGAAAACAGAGUGAUUGUUGAGAACUUGUCUUCGAGAGUUAGCUGGCAGGAUCUGAAAGAUUUCAUGAGACAGGCUGGAGAAGUUACCUUUGCGGAUGCGCACAGGCACAAAAUGAAUGAAGGAAUUGUUGAAUUUGCCUCCUACAGUGAUGUGAAGAAUGCUCUUGAGAAGCUCUCUGGCACAGAGCUCAAUGGAAGAAAGAUCAGGGUGGUUGAAGAACGUAAACAGCGCAGGUCUCGUAGCAGGUCUCGUUCCCGUAGCCGAAGCUCUUCUAGAUCUCGCUCCAGAGGCCGUAAGUCCUAUAGCCGCUCCAGGAGUAGGAGCCGCAGCAAAUCCCGAUCUGAGAGUAGAUCGCCUGUUCCUGCCAAGGAGCAGAGAGGCCAUUCCUCUAUGGCAUCUGGGGAUCAUGUAAGAUCACGCACACGUUCACCUUCUGGUGAGAGUACAGACUAAGCAUGUUAAUGUGGACUUUUACUUGAGUGAGUGAAAGUUUAUGCAAAGGAAUGAAUUAGAGAAACGCAAAUCUUAAAUUUGUUAAAACUGCAGUACUGCAUUUACUGAGCUUUAUUCAUUUAACUUGUCACAUGCAGAGUUGAGUUGCUCAAUUAUUUCUUCUUGACAUUGGUUUCUUUAGCUAUGAAUCCAAAUCUUUUUUUUUUACUUUUUGGUAUUAAAUGUAAUGGUGUAAAUUACAUUUCUCUUAUGUACUCCUUUGAAAUAAAGAUUGUACAUAGUUAGUA